AGAGCCAGUUUCCCUGUGUAGAAACUGAAUGACAGGAUCAUAUGGCUCGAUUUGCCUCACAGUCGAAACGUUUCAAAUACUAGAAGAAACAAGGGGAGAUAAGUGAGAGACCGGGGGAGAAUUCGUCAGAAAUUGAUGAGGAUGUGGAAUAAUUUAUAACUCAAAUUCAAAAACAAACCCGAGAUAACGGAGAAAGAAGAGAGAGGGGAGAAAAGGAUACUGGAUCUGUCGUCAGAGAGAGAGACGGGGAGGAAAGGCGCAGGACGCGUUGCCUGUAAUGAUCACCACCAUCACCGUGAUAAUAAGCCCAAUGUGACCUUCAUCUGAGCUGCGUGUCUCUAUUCAACAUUCACGAAGAAGACAGAAGAAAAAAGAAAAACGAAAGGGAGAUUAAGAAGAAAGCACACAGACGCGCGAGGGAGGAGAAGAAAAACAAGCUACCAGGAGCCCGGCUGCUCGCUUGAAUCCCUCUGAUCAACUGAUUGAUCCCUCAGUCCAUCACUCAACGCCAGUUCCAACGAAUAGGAGCGGACAUGGGAGCCAUGGGCGGGACGAAGGUCUUGCUCUUGGUGAUUCUGGUUGGAUGGGAGAAGUCGCUGGGUCUCAACUGGAACCCAAUCCCACGCAAGACUGUUCGAUACCAGGAUGCGCUGGACAGCAUGGCGAGGUUCAGCAUUCAGGGAGUCUUCAACUACAGCAUGCUGACUCUGUCCGACCAUGAGAGGGUCUUGUAUGUCGGCGCACGCGAGGCAUUGUUCGCCCUGGACCCCAACAACAUAAGCAGACAGCUACGGCCACAGAUCGACUGGCCGGCUCCACAGGAUAAGAAGAGAGAGUGUGUUGCCAAGGGGAAAAACAACCAGACCGAGUGCUUCAACUACAUCCGCUUCCUGCAGAGCUACGACAACACACACCUCUACACCUGCGGCACUUACGCCUUCCAGCCCAAAUGCACCCUCGUAAAUGCAGACUAUUUUACCCUGGACACUGCAGCCCUUGAAGAUGGGAAGGGCAAAUGCCCAUAUGACCCUGCCAAGGGGCACACUGGCCUGAUAGUGGAUAAGGAGCUGUACUCAGCAACACUCAACAACUUCCUGGGUACAGAACCAGUCAUUCUGAGGAACCUGGGCCAACAGCACUACAGCAUGAAGAGUGAAUACUUGCCUGCCUGGCUCAAUGAGCCGGACUUUGUGGGUUCAGCCCUGGUGAGGGAGAGCAGCGGCAGUAAAGAGGGGGACGACGACAAGAUCUACUUCUUCUUCAGUGAGCGAGCGUUGGAACUGGAAUGUGACACUGAGCUCACCGUGGCCAGAGUGGCCCGUGUCUGCAAGGGGGAUCUGGGUGGUACCAGGACCCUGCAAAAGAAGUGGACCACCUUCCAGAAGGCUCGAAUGGAGUGCUCCCUCCCAGAGCGUCACGUCUCCUUCAACAACCUGAGGGCUGUCUUCACACUGCCGGGGCAGGACUGGCGGGCGACUACCUUCUAUGGCAUCUUCCACGCCCAGUGGGGUGAUGUGGAUGUGUCGGCUGUGUGCCAGUACCAGAUCGGUGAUGUGAAGAAGGUGUUUGAAGGAGCCUACAAGGAGUACAGGGAGGCAUCUCAGAGAUGGGGACGCUACACCGGCACUGUCCCUGUCCCACGGCCUGGAUCGUGUAUAACUAACUCAGACAGGGAGAACGACUACAACAGCUCUCUGCAGCUGCCUGAUGCCACGCUCAACUUUGCCAAGAAGCACCCGCUGAUGGAGGACAAAGCUCUGGCUCGCCCCCUGCUGCUCACCAAGGGUGUCAACUUCACCAGGCUGGCAGUGGAUCGGGUUAGCGCCCUGGACCAGCGGGCGUACAACAUGCUCUUCAUCGGCACAGCGGAGGGCUGGCUGCAGAGAGUGGUGAUCCUCGGCUCAGAGGCCCAUGUGAUAGAGGAGAUCCAGCUGUUCGAGGCAGCCCAGCCUGUGGACAGCCUGACCAUCUCCCACUCCAAGAAGUACUUGUACAUUGGCUCUCGGUCAGAAGUUCUCCAGCUGCCCUUGGCCAACUGCAGCCGCUAUCAGUCUCAGCCAGACUGUCUGCUCGCCCGGGACCCCUACUGUGCUUGGGACAGUGAGGGUCGGGCCUGCGUCCGCAUCGACCUCCACCGCGGGUCCACCUCCUCCCUGUCACAGGACCUCAUGCUGGAAAGGUUCAGCCGGGGAAAAGCCAAGUUCGAUAAGCCUGUCUCCAUCCCAAGCCCUGAGCACUCCCGCCUGAAGAAUGUAACAGUGGUGGUGGGGUCUGACAUGGUGCUGCCUUGCCAGCUGGUCUCCAACCUGGCUCAACCCUGCUGGGUUCUUAAUGACCGUGAGCUCCUGCUUGGUGACCCUGAGGCUGGAGGGCCACGCUUUGACAGGACCCUCAAAGCCCUCGUCAUCCCCGAAGCAGGCCAGAUGCAAGCCGGGCGCUAUAUCUGCUACUCUGAGGAGCAGGGGGUCAAAUUUCAGACAGAGCGCUACCAGGUGGCUGUGGUAGCCAGUGCGCCGGUCUUCAUGGAGGCACGGGCUCCAGAUAGCAGCAUGGGGCUGUUCUGGGUGCUAGUCAUCACCCUUGGAGCGGCGUGCCUGCUGCUGCUUAUAGCAGCUCUGUACCUGCGCAGGAGGCUGAAACUGGCACUAGGAAAGGGAGCCGACAUGAAGCCUCUGGAGAGUACCCUGGUGUACCCCAUCACUUUGCCCAAGGAGCCACCCACCUUUGUGCCCAGCAAGAUGCCCAGUGAUGAGGACCGUUUCUGGGAAACAGGCGCCAACUACUACUACUCAGAUGGCUCGCUGAAGAUCGUUCCCGGUCACGCCCUGGGGCCCAGUAGCGUCAGCAGCACGGCGUCACCCAGCGCCAUUCCCGGCCAGCCCAUCCACUCCCCCAGCCGUCUCAGCCUUACCAACAUCCGAGGCUCUGGUAGCAAUGGCUACAUCCGCCUCAACCUGAGCACAGCAGGGGAGGAGAGGGCUAGCGGUGCUGGCGCUGGGGGCGGUGGGCUGGGAGGCCUAGGGAUGGGCGGGAACGACUACUCCAGCCCCUUCAAGGAAGAGCUGAGACGCACUCUGCAGCAGAGAAGCGUGCUGCCCGACGCGAACCCUGAGGAGUCGUCCGUCUAGGCCUGUCCUCCUCCGUCUCCAUUCCCUGAGUUGGAAAAACAAAACAACCAACCUACCUCCCUCCUUUUGAGGAUGCCUGCUCUCUCUCUUUCAGUGACAAGCUGUCAAUUCCCUGCGCUCUCUCUCUUGCUCUGCCAAUGCCUGUUUGGCUCACUGUAGACAUUUAUAGCACACAGCAUGUUAAAUAUACACACUCAUACACCGUGUUCGCCGACACGCACUCCUGUAAUUAUUGUGUUCUGGGCGACAUCGCCACUUGUGUAAAUUGUGUAUUUAAAAAGGCCAAACGCAGAGGAGAACACCUCAAGUAUGGAAAUCAAAGAAAUGGCAUCACAUGUUUUCUGAAGGGCACAUUUCUUUUACAUUGAGUGGAUCAGGUGAGGCUUUUAGCCCCUGUGCUGAUACCAGUUGAUGACUAGCAAGUGCAACUGACUGGAAAUAUUGAAUUGAUUCUCUGUCCAUUUUUUUUUCCUUUGAGACUUUUUCAGCUUACUGCACUUAAAAACUGGAAGCGCGUCUUCCGUUUUUGUAUUUGUGAGCCAUGAGUGUCAGAGCGGUAUAAAAAGACUAAUUAAUCUCGAAGCAAGACGACAAUCAUGUCCUUAUAGCAGGAGCUCUGCAUGGGACGGAGAGGAGAGGAGAGAGAGCCAGAGACAAAGAGAGAGGAAAUUAAAUGGAAAAUGAAGUGAAUUGGAGUGAAAGGCGCAAGGGAGUUUUCGAAUGAAGGACAAUCUCUCAAGACUUUCUCUGCUCAAUUUGUAUUUUUUUUCUCCACAUUGUAUUUACCCACGGAGAAAGUCCUCGAUCCCUUCCACUUUAAUUUGUUGUGCUGGUUGGUUUGAAUUAAGACACUUCUCGUUAUUCUUUUCUUGUUCUUUUUCUAUGUCUUAUGGACUACAGCAGUGUUCUAACAGCUGUCAAGUGACUAAUGGCUCCGCUCUGUGAAUGACAAUGUGAGGGCGAGCGCUUACAUUCCUUGUUCAGCCCUGCACGGUGACCUUCAAACGCACGUUCAAGUCCAAUAUACUACAAGUGCACUCCACAUUACAUGUACACAGUGUAUAACAGAAAUGUGUUUUGGUUGGGCUCUUUUGAACAUUUGCUCAUCUCUUUAGGAAAGAAGAGGCUAUUUGCAUUCAGCUCUUAGCAGCGGAAGAAUAAUUGCACACUUAAUUCCAAAUUGAAGUUGACGUGAAGACAUUAGGCAUGGAGAAUGUAGUUGAACUCUCACUGUUGCGACCGCUGUGGAUGUCUCAAUAAGUGCUUUAUAUCUUAUGUGUUUGGUGAGGGUGGUACCUUGCACUGCCAAGAAGGAAACUACCCCUCUCACACACACACACACACAUUCACACACACUCACAGUCCUAUGGAUGCCAACCAUCGGGGACUACAGUGUGUUUGUGAUGCACCCUUAAACCCCAUGAAACCCCUCCCUUUUACCGAUGCCCAGAGACUGACCUGGGGCUACUGUGGACUCAUACAGAGGAAGAGCACUGUAAACACACCAACACAAAAAGAACACACACACACACACACAGUGUUGAUAGAAGAAUGGAUGGACAGACUGACUGGAUGCUGCUGCUCUGAAAAAACUACUGGCUCCAGGCAGGAAACAGCCAUGAACCAGUGACAGGGCUGGCUUUUUGUUUUUUGGGACGUGUCUGUCGGGACCAGAGGAGCACAGCAAGAAGGAAGGAGAGGACAAAAAUACUUUGUUUUGCCCCACUGUGUACAGAUCGCUGAGAAAGAUGUAGAAUAUCAAAUAUGAUCCCAACAUUGAAGAGGUACUCAGCCAUCAGCACUCCAUCCUAGUGUUGCAUGAUCCUCUGCAAGUGGACUGUACAUGUUUGAUAUGAUCAUCCUUGUACAAGUGCAUCAUUUUGAUCGAUAAUUUUUUUGGACUUACAGAAACUAAUAUUGUGGAACACUAAUGCUCUCUUUGGAAAAAACAAAAAAAACAAAAAACUAAAUAUGUCUGAUUUUUUGGUUCAAGGGUUGUACAGGAAUUCAUGGCUGCAUUUCAACAUGUUUACUUUUUCUGUGCCUCUUCACCUUUUGAAUAAGCCAAAGUAGACUGCAGUUGCUUUUGUUCUUGUUGAAAUACUUAAAUUAAUUUUAUUUGGUUCCAGAUCGAUAUUUAAAUCUCCGCAGUCCGUCCACUUUGCUACACUGAGCUGAUGUCUGCAAAGUUUCUGCAUAUUUUACCUGCAGCUAAAUUUUCCCUCAAGCAAGACACAAAAAAGGCUUGAUGCUGAUGGACUUUCUGUUUGCUUCCUGUUUACAUGUCAGUAGUGAUCUGCUGGAUCCAAUUCUUUGUGCCCCCACUUUAUCAAAGGCUGAAUAAUGUACCAAACCUUUAGCCACUAUUUAAGUUGUCAGCUCCUGGAAAACCAAAUAAGUAGGGGCUGAUCAGUACAAAAAUGCCCCCACUUUUUAGUGUUAAUUUUCCUGAAGCAGAAAGCAAAAAACACACUAGAGCUCUUUACACUGGUACUUGGUUAUGUCUUGAUAUAUUUCCCUUUAUAAUUAGGCUUUUACUUUAAUAUAACAUUGCAAAAAAAUAAAAAGAUAAAGUAAAACAUGUCUCAAGCUUGAAAAAAAAUGCAUGUUUAAUGCACGUUAUGCGCAUUUCCUCAGUUCUUACCCAUUUGUUUGCUUGUAAUAUUUUCUCUCACCCAAGGCUUUAAGUUCUGCUUUUUUUCUCACACAGUUGUUUGUAUUAUUCUAUUAUUUUUGCCCCGUUUUUGCUUGUCUGUUAUUGAUCUUUUGUUUGUUUUUAAAAUAUGUUAAGUAACUUAUUUCACUUGUACAAACAUGUUGAUAUUUAUUAUCAUUGUAAAUAUGUCCUUAUUUUUUAUAUGUGUAUAUAU